UCCGUCGCUUGUCUACCUCCGAACAAUUCGUUCGCGAUGCUAAUCGAUGUUGACUAAGGGUGACGUUUACAAGUAAAACCCUCCGCCCACCUAUUGGGGAACGCCGUCGUAUAAGAUAGCCGUUGCGAACAAGGCCGAGGGUUAUUGUUGUGAUACACCGUGGGGCGAUCGCCUAGCGUCACUGGAUACUGUUGGAUGGGUUUCUACACCUGGCUACGCUGCAAGGCCACGUAACAACCCACUUUCGGUAUUUCUGUCGCCAUGCAUUGGAAAGGUCUGCGAAUUGGCACCUCUGAUGGCAACGAACCCAAGAGACGGAGCUUGGUCGAACCUCAGUCGGUAUCCCGCCAUAGCGAGCAAAUCCCUCGCCCUACUCUCUCCACAACCAAUCUAGCUCCGAGGCGUUCGGAGUCCGCUCCUCGUUCACCCACUCUGACCGGUCCAGAUGCAGACCACCACACUCACACUGCCGGCCCGGAGCUUGCGGGAAGUCAUUCGCAUACUCCACCGGGCAAGGUACAAAAUACCGGCCUAUCGGUGAAUGAUGGUUCAAAUUGGCGCUUCAACCGGUUUAGUUUCAUGAGGCUACGUCAUGCAUCGGAUCCGCAACUCUCAAAAUCAUAUGCCAAAGGGGAGGAGGAUAUUCCUCCAGUGCCGAAUCUACCUCCUCCUCCUACUAUUAUUACCACUGCACCCACGAGUCAUGAACUAGAUCAACCUGUCAAACGAAAGACCAAAUUUAAACUUUUUCCCGAUUCUAAAACACCCUCUGUAGAAGAAUUGCCCACGCAACGCGCACCAAAACGUGGUCAGAGCGAGAAGCCUGGGCAUGCUGCACAGGGAUCAACAGCGUCGCAGGCGGCGGACCCUAUCCUAUCGGCCUCUCAGAGUAACAGCGAAGAACCCGGGCGUUUAUCAACUACGUCGAUCCGAAGCAAUCGUGACCAGCACAAUGAUUCUCAGCGCUCCUCAGUGACAGAUGCGCGGUUUUCGGAGUCCUCUCGUUCCGACCGGAGUGCCGGAGAUGGCAAUCCUCGUUCAGCCUCCCCUCGUGAGGGGGCGUCUGGCAACAAGCGAUUUCGCAUGCCGCGCUUGAAACGGCAUCGCAGUCCUCUUUUUCCUUUACCGCCAAAACCAACGGGCAACAUUUCGGGCAACGGCCACGCACAAAGCUCGGCAAUAUCCAAGUCUGCUGCGGGUGAUGGUGAUUCCGCCCCGAAGUCCGAUAUCUCGGAAGAUCCAAAUGAAGACCAUAUUUCUCCGUUGCCAUCUCCCACACGGUCGUCGGUGGGCCUGGCUUCGUCGCGACCGCCCCUGCUGAGAAAUGAUUCUGCAACCUCGGCUCACUCAGCCCGUUCGACACCGUCGAACAAGAGUCGGGCAAUACCUACGUCACGUACGAGAUCAUCUACUUUAGAUUCGUUGGCUAAUGCACAGGAUAGCGGGCAACCAUCGCCACAUCUCAUCUCGGGCCGCACAUCAACCUCCACUAGUGGGCGGAAAAGCUUCGGGGAUAUUUUUAACAUCCCUCAGCGAUUUAGACAGAAUUCUGAUUCCCCUGUUGGCCGGACCGGAUCCCCAGGCUCCAAAGGCCCGGGAACUCCAACUUCUAAAACUAGCUUGAUCACGUAUCCCGAACGACAAGAAGGUGAAGCUCCGGCGACAUAUUUAGGUCGGUUAGAAGAGAGCAUUCCAAGGGGCGCGAUUGCUAGCGUCCUAGCUCAAUCAAACGAUGACUUUUAUAAGACUGCCCUGCGAAAGUAUAUGAGAGGGUUCUCGUUCUUCGGGGAUCCCAUUGAUAUGGCUAUCCGGAAACUCCUGAUGGAGGUGGAGUUGCCAAAAGAGACGCAACAAAUUGACCGCUUCCUCCAAAGCUUUGCUGAUAGAUAUCAUGAAUGUAACCCGGGUAUCUUCGCCUCCACAGACAAGGCCUACUUCAUCGCCUUCUCGAUCUUAAUUCUACACACAGAUGUUUUUAACAAGAACAACAAAAGGAAAAUGCAAAAGCCAGAUUACGUCAAGAACACUAGCGGCCAAGGCAUAUCAGAGGACAUCCUGGAGUGUUUCUAUGAGAACAUCGUGUACACCCCUUUCAUCCAUAUCGAGGACGCAACGUCCAAUGGCCGACAUUUUUCAAAACCACGUCGACCUCUGUUGAAGGCCACUAGCACAGAUCACUUAGUUCGAGCCACUAGAGAACCAGUGGAUCCCUAUAUGUUGAUAAUGGACGGGAAGCUGGAUUCUCUGCGCCCAAGCCUUAAGGAUGUUAUGAACUUGGAGGAUACCUAUCGUUGUGAUGGAGCUGAUGGGCCGGCAGAUAUCGAUAGUCUUCACCACGCAUUUUCUAAAUCUGGUGUUUUGCAAAUUGUAUCUCUACGAUCUAGGCCAGACAUGUAUAUGCCAUCGAGUCUCGACAAUCCGGCCGACUCUAAUCCCGGGCUGGUGGAUAUCAAAAUCGCUAAAGUUGGAUUACUUUGGAGAAAGGAUCCGAAAAAGAAGAGGGCUAGAUCUCCAUGGCAAGAAUGGGGUGCUCUCCUCACGUUCUCGCAACUCUACUUUUUCAAGGAUGUGGCGUGGGUUAAAUCUUUGAUGGCUCAACACGAAAACCAUCAGAAGGAGGGCCGUCGUCGAGCGGUGGUUUUCAAGCCUCCUCUUACCGAAUUCAAACCCGACGGUAUCAUGUCAACUGAGGACGCGGUGGCUUUGCUGGAUUUAAGCUACAAAAAGCACAAGCAUGCCUUUGUCUUCGUCCGCCAUAACGCUCUAGAGGAGGUAUUCCUGGCAAAUACUGAAGCCGACAUGAACGAUUGGCUAGAGAAACUAAAUUAUGCUGCGACGUUUCGGACCACCGGAGUCAGAACGAAGGGAAUGAUCGCCACCAACUAUGAAGCACAACGGAAUCGGAUGAGCCGUCGGGGUUCAAUUCAAUCGAGCCGCUCACAUCUCUCUACGGACAAAGAACCGCCGUCUCCAAACCCUGAUACCGAUGUGGCUGAGGAGUUGGUUACAGCUCGCAGGCAGCUUAUACGCGAAAAGAUUCGAGAGGCUAACAAAAAACUAUUUGUUGCACAACAACAGCUUGAUGAUCUCUUGCGAAAUGCCAGGCACUUGCAAGUUUUGACGCCUGUACAUUCCAGGGCCAGAGAGCAUGUCAUCAUGGCUGCAGGGCGCAUGGCUGCAAAACUCAAAUGGGUUAGACAGGAUAUUUGGCGCACUAAGUGCUAUAGGGAGGUUCUUGUUCGAGACAUAGGUGAAGCGUUGGACGAAGAGAAGGCUUUUGCAGAGCAGAAACUGCACUUGCAAAUACCAACAACCACCGUUACAUCACAGCCAGAGAACCUGGAUGGAGCAGGGACUGACAAAGCGACAUCUCCGACAGAGGAUGACCCAUCCCCACACGUGGAGUCUGGCGGUCCUCACUCGGUCUACAAAACUCCGCCGUCGCAACCCGCUUCUCCCGAUGGCCGGAGACCAAGUAUACCGGCCUCCUUUGCUUCCCUCGAAGUGGCUUCCCGUGUUGGUAGGCAAUUAUCCAUGGACAAUAAUACCGAGGAACGCGCGAAAUCUUGCUCGCCUCAUCCAGCGAGUAGCCUACAGCGCGAAUCAUCAGUGCUGAGCGCCGCUAGUAAGGUAGAUGUUUCGAGUCUGGGGUCUCGAGCCUCUAAGAUAACUGGCCCCGGCAGUAUGGAUGAAACUGAAGAGCGUCUGCUGCGUGAAACAGGGUUGCUUGAAGUCGGCAACUCUCCCCAAGCACGGAAACAUUCUUCAGCUACGAAUGACAGCGAGGCCGACCAGAAACCAGAUGAUGUGCAAGGCGCAUUCCAGGGAGAGAGAACAAGCCGUAUCCGUCGCAGCCUCCAUCGUACCCUUCGAGACUCCCCCAGCGGCCAUCAUCUGCAUUACCCUCGAAAGAAAAAGUCUCGAGAUUCAGGAUUCAGUAUGGCGACGUCAGAUGAUAACCAGAAAACGCAGCAAGGCGAAGGUCUAUCGCGGAAGUCGACCAACUUUACUGUGCAUGGCAAGAAGGCAUCAAUUGUGACUUUCGGAUCUGAGUGGCAGAACAUGCCGCCAGAGGAGCGCCUCAAACUACGAAAGCCAACUCCAUCGGACGAGCCAAGGGCAUCAAAUCCAGAACUUGCCAGUAGUGCAGGCUCUGUCGCCUCGGAGUCUUUAUACCCUAGCAGCCCACACCCUUUGAGAAGUGGGAGUAUAGCGACCAAGGGGAGUGCACGUGAUGAGCCCUGGAAUUCAGCAGAAGCAGCCGGGGUUCUAUAUCGCGAAGACAAGUCCAAAAGCGAUGCUGCCAUCGGUCUAGUUCCGGAACUCUCAGAGCCCGAUGCUGCGUUGGUACCGCCCGUCUUAACUUUGGGUGAGCCGAGCGCGGUGUCUAAUGAAGGCGUAUCGCUGCAUUCCACUAGAGGCGACAAUGAUAGCCUGGUAGAGAACAACACUCCACAGGGCAUGUCGCCUAGCCCACCGGAGCAGGCUGUAAACGCUUGAUUCUUGCAAUUAUGCAGGGUCUUUUUUCUUUUGCUUUCAUGACAUUAUACCCAUUUUACUUUCCUUUUCUUUCCAUCUGCAUCUGGUCUCUUCAUUGAAAACGGCAUAUUUAGAAAAGCUUUAUGAA